CGGACGUUUUGUCAGUGUUCCUCACGCGACUCCAAUUGAGCAAUUGACUUUUGAUUGAAUUACUGCGGCUGCCAUUCGCUGUGCGCCUUUUUGUUAUUGUAGCUUAUUUCACCGGUGAUAAUCAAAUCAAAAAAAAAAUUAACCCUUCGAUGUUAAAAAUAAACACAUUGAAAUGUGCAUCAAUAACAUCUUGUUUCCAGUGAUUUAUUGAAAUGACUCUGUGAAAAGCACUUUUUCGUUAUUAAUCGUGAAAAUUGAGUGAUAAAUGUCAACAAUAAUCGUUUGUUUUACACUAAAAUAUAUUCAUGUUCAUAGUAAAUUUUGAUUUUAUGCAAGAAAAGUUGAUUUUUUUUUACGACGAAUGUUGAUUUUACACGUGUAACCAUUGAGCUCUGACGAUAAUUUCUGCAUACUAGGCCUCUACAGCAUAAUAUGCCCCUACAGCUCAUAAAUGACUUCCACAGGACUGAAUCCUGUUUGUGAACUAGCUUGCAAUUGAGCGAAACCAUUGAAGAGAACUUCAAAAGUGGAAAAGAAUUGCAAAGCCGAGGCAAUUUCAAGUGUGUGCGAAAUUUUAUUGUGAUUAAUUGAUUGUUAUUGUGGUGACAGUGGCUCGUUGAAGUGGUCAUUUGGUAACAAUACAUUAUUCGAAGAAGAAACGUUGUUUGCAUACGAAUCGAGUGUAAUUUGUCGAGUGCAAAUAUAGUUCAGUGUACAACCAAGAGCCAUCGCUAAGCAUAUCGUUUGAAACAUAAGGAUUAAGAAACCACAAAAGAACCGGAUCGAAAUACGUAAUCUACUUUACAUCGGCUUUUAAAAAUGAGCAUUGACGUGCGUGAACUACGCAAAAUCCACAUUGUUUGUGUUUUGAUUGGGAUUUAUUUGGUUGGCCUAAUCAAAACCGACAAUUAUUUCACAUCAAAUUCGGAAAAUUUCGAAAGUGUUCCAACUACCGUUAAAACCUAUGAAAAUGAUACCGUUUUAUUGCCAUGCUAUUCAGUGGUGCCAUCUCAGUUUGUCCGAUGGUUGCGUGACGAUGUUGCGAUAGUCGAUUCACGAUAUCCCGAUGUUGCGCCACGCAUCACACUAUUCACAAACGGCAGCCUACAAGUGAGAGAUGUUAAGCGAAAUGAUACCGCUGAAUAUUUAUGUGAAGUAAUGACAACGACAUUUUCACUAGAGACCCAGUUGCAUGCAAUCGAAGUUCAAUUUCCACCGAGCGUUGUAUCAACGCCAAGCGGUCGAAUCGAAGCGAAAUUGGGUGCGGUGUUUGAGAUUAUAUGUGAUGCGCAAGGCAUUCCACAUCCAAUAAUCAGUUGGAUGCAUCACGGACAGUCGAAUAGCACACAAUUGGAGAAUAAACGAACAAAAGUGAUCGAAGUGAAUGAUCGGGGUAUGGCUGGACGAAUUGACUGCGUUGCUACGAAUGGAGUGGGUCACCCGGCCGUCGCUGGUGUUGAUUUAGUUGUUUUGUUUCCACCCGAGAUCAAAGCUGUGGUUGGUAUUGUGCAUACGAAAAUGCUACUAACUGCUCAAUUGGAAUGUGUGGUGGUGUCACAGCCGAAGGCAAAUGUUCAUUGGUUCCAUCACGGUAUUCCGGUGACGUCGGGCACUCGCAUCAGUCGACAAGAUCACGCGAUCCUUACCAAUCAAACGGUCGACGAUUAUCACACCGAUACCAAGCACAUACUGAUCAUAAGAAACGUCAAGGAAACUGACUUUGGAAUGUAUGAUUGUCGUGCUGAAAAUGCCAUCGGCAUUAAUGGGGCAUCGAUUGAAGUGACCGGUCGACCGAUGGUACCGAUUUUCAAACGAUCGCCACAGACACAGGAUCACAUAGCACACUAUUUGAUCUGGCAAACAGAGAGCUUGUCACCGAUUUUUGAGCACAAAUUGAAAUUCCGUAAAAUUCCUUCCGGCAAUGUUACACCGCACAAUCGCAAACACGCAUCCGCCUGGCAUGAAAUUAUCGUACCCGCCGAAGAAUCUGAAGGCCCAAUACACACAACGGGAUAUACACUUAGGGGACUGGAACCAGCCAGUGUCUACGAAGUGGCCGUUGUCUCACGCAAUCGAUUCGGUUGGAGUGAUUCCAGUCGCAUCGUACGAUUUGCAACAUCUGGCGAAAUUGAACUUCCAAAUUAUUCGACGGAAAGCACAGACGAAGAAAUUAACGAACACAGUUACUACGAUGACUCUAGCUCAUCGGCAAUGGAGGAGCCGGAUUCAACGAUGGACAAUCAAUUGGAUCUAUAUGGUCAACCCUACCCUUACGAUCCAUAUUACUCUUCUGCUUCUCGAAGUUCAGACAAAUCAUUUUUGUUAUUCGUAAUAGUUGGGUUAAUUUUACUUUAUUGAGAAAUAAAUAACAACAGUUGUCACAAUGAA